UUUUUCUUUCGACUGGUGAGCAUUGCGCGCGGACAAAUCGCUGGAUCCCCAAACAUUAAAAAAUACAAAUAACGCCGUGCAAAAAGAAAGAAACAACGAGCGUUAGCCAUUAAAUAAACAUAGAACCAGGCUUGUUUUCUGGCAAUAAUUUAAAUUUCAGCGUCGAGACGAAAACAAAGUCGCGGUCCCUCCGCAAAAAGCAAAAAAAAAAAACAGUAAACAAAAACAAACACUCGGAUCAACAACGAUAUUAGUUCCAAUUUAGUUUUAUUUCGCAGUGAAAAGCAAAAUAUAACAAAACUUUGCUUUUGUUUUUUCGCCGCUUUUUUCGUAGUUUUUUGUUGUUUUUCGUUAUUUUUGCGGCGCGUCGCUUGACGUUUUAUGUGUGUGCGUGCGUGUAAAUGUAGGUACGUGCAUUUGUGUGUCUGUGAGUUUGAUUUAAAUAAAUUAUAAGUUCAGCAAGCAAAAGUAAAAGAAAACGCAAGUAAACUGUGAAAAAUAAAAUAAAUUAAAUAAUCAACAAGUCUAUUAAGGCGCCAAAACGAAAGUGAAACCCUUGAAAAAGUGACACAAGAAAAGUGAAGUGCGGGUGAAGAAAAAAAAACAAAACAAAACCAGGAGAAGCGUGUUUGCCACCAAUUAGCUGAACCGCCAAAGUCACGUGACAAUGGAGUAAGAGUCUUUUUACUCGACAAUCAUGUCGCUGCGAAGCAACAAGUUGCAGAGCCAACAGUCGACGGCCAGCAACAACAGCAACGGAAGCAGCAACGCACAGCAGCAACUUCCGCCGAUGGCGUAUCAGCAACAGCAGCAACAAUUGCUGCAACAGUUGCAGCAGCAGCACAAAUUCCAGGCGCAACAGAGGGGCAACACCAGUCGAAAUAAUCUGGCCACUUUGGUGGCCGCCAUCAAUGGACAUGAUGGUCAAAACUCGCCCGUCAGCAGUGCUGGCUAUCAAUUGUCACCGGCCGCGGCUUCUAGGGUGGCCCAUGCCCCACCCCAUUCGCCAUUGGGUCCACCCUCGUAUUCGGCGGCCACUGCCCAGUCCGCAUUUACAUACUACGGACAGCAUCAGCAGCAGCAGCAGCAACAUCAUCAGUUGCAAUUAAACCACAAUUACCAGCAACAGCAGCAGCAACAAUUGCAGUUGCAACAGCAACAGCAGCAGCAGCAGCAACAGCAACUUCCACCGCCCGAUCUCACCGAUGGCAUUGAUCAUCCCUCCGCCCAGGCUGCCACGCCCCCGGAUUCACCAAACGCCCAAUCUGCCGGUCAAUCGGAACUGGAGCAACAACUCUGUGUCGUGGCCAAAAUGCAGAAAUCGGUGACCAUCACAGUCACACCGCAACGCAGCAAUUCCAUGGAUUUCCUCAACUUUGAGGAGAAGCGACAGCUCAUUGCCUCGUCUUUGUCUCUGUCGGACAUAUUGCACAGCAGCAAUGCCCAACAGCAACAGCAAGCGGUCAAGGAUGGACUGGCUCUCAAUGGCGGGCAGUGCGCUAAGAAACAGAAUGGAGCUGCCAUACGCACAAAUAGUUUGGGAUCGGGCACUAGAACACCGCCCUUGGAAAGGAAAAGCAAACUUAGUGCGCUGGGCAGAUUCUUUAAGCCCUGGAAGUGGAGGCGGAAAAAGAAGAGCGAGAAGUUCGAGGCGGCCUCCAAAUCGCUGGAGCGUAAGAUAUCUGUGCGUGCCAAUCGUGAUGAGCUAGUGCAAAAGGGGAUUCUAAUGCCAGAGAGUCCCCUGGGCAAUAUUCCAGAACCAGGCGAGGAGUCGUAUUACAACAGCAGCAACAGUGGAGCCACCGCCAAUGGAUCCCUGCUCAACUCAGCCGUCCACAACAAUUCCAUGAGCCAGGCCAACAAUUCCAUAAAUGCCACCACCUACGGCACCGCCGGCAAUCCGCUCAUCUCCGCCGCGAAUCAGAAUCAGAAUCAGAACCAGAACCAGGGACUUCCCAACUCGAUCUCGGUGCAGCAGUUCAAUAACGGACAAAAUCCGCAGAAUUCCAUGGCCAAUGGCCUUGUGGUUGGCGUCGGCGUCGGCGUAGUGGGUGGCGGCGGCGAUGGCUCCUCGGACACCUCGUCGCUAAGCGGUGGAGUCCCCCACUCCCAGUCGGCGCCACAACAACUGGGCGUGGGUCAGCCACCGCCGCCACUAACACCACUCGCCCAGCACCACCAGGCGUUGGCCCAGCAGCUGCAGCAGCGAUUCGCCAUCAGCAACAAUAACGAACCAAGAAAAGACAAGACUGAUGCACAACAACAACACGGAGGCAAUGGCACAAUAUCCACGCCCAACAUCGAGCAGCCCACCUGCCAGGGCUCGAUGCUCCCGCCCCCGGGCGGUGGUGGCCUUCACCAGGCGGACGGCAGUGGGAGUGGCAAGAUGGAGCGACCGAACACGCUCGCCGGCGCCAAUAAGCUGACCCGUCGCGGGGUCAACAUCUGCUACCACAACGAGCACAUGUAUGGCGAAGAUGGAAAAAUGGUGGGUGGUCCGCCGGGCAGCACUCCGCCCCCCUAUCCGGGUGGCAAAUUGCCGCCGGGCGUAAUGCUCAGCGAACUGCCAGAGCCGCCGAUUCCGCUGUCGGAGAUCGGACCGAUCCCACCGCCCCCGAUGUUCUCCACUCCCAGUCCCACGCUCAUCGCGGGACGACCUCAUGGGCCCGGUGCCGUCAACGAUCAGGAUUACCAGCAGGACUACGACUACGAUGAUCACGAUCCGGAUCAGGAUGAGCUUGACUCGGAUGACGAGUAUGCCCCGUAUGGUGGCAAUCAAGUGCGCAUGAUGGACACGCAGCGCGUCGAGGAAAUUCCAGCCAAAGAGCCCAAACCAAAUGCAGUUCCUCUCAAGUCGGCGCUGAAGAAGAAGGGCGGGGCCAUGCCCACCUCCGCCUCCACGCCAGUCACGCCCACCCAGGAUCAUGGGGCGGGAAGCGCGGCAUCGGCAGCGGCCAUGGCAAAUAGCAACGGCGGUAUAGGUUCGAUGGCGGCAGCUGCUGCAGCAGCGGCCCAACAGUCCGCCAGUCAGCGUCCAUUGGUUAUUCGGCAGGAUGCAGCGGGCAACAACUAUUCGCUCAAGCCAAUACUUCGACCACGGAUUAGACUAUGCAGGCAGCAAAUGUUCAACAUCCAAUUGCCGUGCACUGUGGAAAACAAGGAGAACGCCCGACCGUUUGUGAUACGCGAAAGUAGCAGCGACAGCGACGAGAGCGAUGGCCAUAUUGUCUACAGGGACGAGGACAACGACAAUACGCGUCUGGCCAAGUUGGCCCGCAAGGAGUCGCUGUCCCUCAAACUGCAACUGCGGCCGGACAAGCAGGACCUGAUCAACCGCAACAUCCUGCACCAGGUCAACGACAACGAGCUCAAGGAGUCCAAGGAGGCGAUCGGAGCCCGUCUCAUCCGCCGCCUGUCGAUGAGACCCACGGCCGAGGAGCUGGUCGAGCGCAACAUUUUGAAAACUCAAUCACCCGCCGAGGAGAAAAAGCAAAAGGAGGAGAAGAAGUCGUAUCUGUUGCGCAAACUCAGCUUUCGGCCCACCGUCGAGGAGCUGAAGGAAAAGAAGAUCAUCCGGUUCAACGACUACAUCGAGGUCACGCAGGCCCACGACUACGAUCGAAGGGCGGACAAGCCGUGGACAAGACUGACGCCGAAGGACAAGGCCGCAAUUCGAAAGGAGCUGAACGAGUUCAAGUCCUCCGAAAUGGCCGUCCACGAGGGCAGUCGGCAUUUGACGAGAUUCCAUAGGCCAUGACGAUUGCAAUGGCAGCAACUUUCCAGCAAAUUGCAACAGCAACCCAAGCAACAAUUGUAUUUUAUGCAGCAUCAAAUUGUCAACAAAUAUUUAAAAGCAAAAAAUUAAGCCAACAAACUAAGAGUAACAAAAAAUAAGAAAACUUUCAAACCAGGCAUAAAAAGAAAAAUAAAAUAAAACGAAAAAAAAUACACAAAAAAAAAGAGGAAUGAAACGUGAGAAAUUGAGGAAAAUAUAGGAAAAAAAGCCACAUUCAAUACAUCAUAAUUGAUAGUUUUCUGUUGAUCAUAGCGAGAAAUGCCGCUCGGUUUUCUAAUUUUAAGUUCUUUAUGUUUCACCUUCUCCAUUUGUUAAUUGUGUGUAAAUAAAAUUAUUUUCGAUAUUCAAGCCAAUUUCACAACGCAAAUCAAAAUAUCAAUUCGUCUUUUGUAGAAAUGUUAAGUCGCUUUUUGAGUUAAGGCAAUUAUGUAUUAUAUUAUAUAAAAAUAAACAAUUAAACAACAACAAGGAGAAACACUAAAUGAUAUUCGAUUAAACAUUUACAUUAAUGAAAACUAAAUGGCUGAAAAAAAUUCAUUAAAGCUUAGGCAUUAAUUUACACUUACUGUUGCUUUCCAUACAUUUUUAAUUUUUGAAUUAAGCCAACUAAAAAAAACAACACAGAAAUAUACAAACAAAAUUCUAUACGAAAAAUUAUGUUUUACAUUUACACAACAUUAUUGUAAAAAGCUUAAACGUAAAAAAAAACAAAACACAACACAUUAAACUUAGAACUACGAUACAUUUACGAUAAUACCGAAAAAUAAACUCUAAUUUUUCGAAAGACAUGUUUACGAAAAAUAA